AUGUCGCUUCCGAGCAGACCAUUUCUUGUCAGUGCGCUUUCAGGUAGAGCGAGCAACAAAACUGGUUCGUUCAUCAAAGAAGAAAAAAAAGAACAGGAAAAUCUAAUUAUCACUACAAUGCAACAGCAAACGAUUCGACUUUCGGAGCAUAUAAAAAAAAAACUUCGACAACAUCACAUAACGCCUCUUAGUCUUUCAUCUAGUGACUUAACACUUUCAGACAACUCCGACGAUGAUGACGUUUUCUUAGUUACAUCUGCUCAAGAAAAGACCGCGCAGCGUCGACGAAGUAACUCGACUCAGUCCAAACCAAGUUCGUCGCUGAAAAGUGCGAAAGCAACAUGUCAAGAUUGCCAUCGACGAGAGAAUCUCCUUCGAAAUGAGCAUGAACGUCUUGUGCAAAUCUGCGAUGAAAAUCGACGACUAAAUGAACAACUUCGUUCAGCAGUAAUGGCCAAUCAUCAUUAUCAAGAAGAAAAUACGAAGUUAAAACUUCACUUAAACAAACUUAGCACACAUCUAAGAGAGUAUCAAGUGAAUUUCAACUUGCUAAACCAACAGCUCACCGCACAAAAGAAUAACAAAAGCAUUUUAAAUCGUAAUACUGAUGCUGAACAAUUGAAAAGACUGCGAUAUGAAUUAAAUGCAUACAACGAAAGCGUUGCUACCAAACAACAGCAAGAUAACGAAUAUGACUCAUACCGGAAAUGGUCACAAAGGAAGUAA